CAGGAGGUAAAACAGAGGGCAGGCAAUGACUUCUGCUAGACAGAGGCACUUCGGAGCCAAACCAAGCCAAACGGCAGCCACAAAGACAGAUCACAGUGUGGCGAGAGAGAGAGACAGACAACACAAGUGAGAGAGAAAGAGGAGGCAGGCUGGGCGGGGACAUUGCAGGGAGGGCCAACCCCCCGAUUGCAGUGCGGGGGUUUUGUAUUUAAAGGAAGCUGAGGGAAGUGCAAGCAGCUCUUAGUGAGAAGCUGGCAGUGCAUGGAAGCAACUGAGUGAGCUGAGCUAUUCAUCGUGCUGAGUGGGAAGGGACUUGCCAUCCUAUCACUCCAAAGUGCCCACGUGUCCGGGCACAGCUUUGCUUAGCUGCUAGGGGCAGCUUGUGGAAUGGCGGUGGAGCGGCAAGCUUUGCUUCUGUUUGGGGCGCUGUCAUAUAAUGUCCUGACUUUGGCAUGGACUGGAACCACUGAUCUGGGGGCUCCUCUUGGGUACUACCCACGUUUUAAUCCCUUCUUCUUUCUGUGCACCCACCAUGGCGAUCUGGAAGGUGUUGAGGAGCAGAGCGAGGUGCUCAUCUCUCUUCAGAUUACAGGCAAUCCAGUAGCCUACAUCCCAGGACAUGAGUACCAGGUGACCAUUUCCACUAGCACCCACUUUGAUGGUCUCCUGGUAACAGGACUUUAUACGGCCACCACUGUCCAGUCAGCAGCCAGUGUCGCCGGUCCAGGCUCCUUUGGCUUUGGAAUCAUGUCUGAAAGGCAGUUUGGAACCCAGUUUGUCUGCAGUGUUGUAACCUCGUACAUCAGCCAUCUGCCAACAACUUCAUUAAAUUUUGUAUGGAUUGCCCCGCCCCCUGGCACUGGCUGUAUCAACUUCCUGGCAACAGCCACCAACCGAGGGCAGAUUCUCUUCAAAGAUGCCUUGGCACUGCAGCUGUGUGAACAGGGAGUUCCCACAGAGUCCCCAUUGCGACCGAGCCUUGCUCAGGUCCAUGGAGAUCAUGUGAUACUGCGAGAUGAUUUUGAAUCCCACCAGGAAAAACAGCUAAAUCCCAAUAUCUGGUCUGACUGCAGUGGCUGUGAAUUGGGUGAGCGAUGUGGUGGCAUCAUGCACGGUGCUGCUGUUUCCUUUUGUGAACCGCUUGGCCGGCGACAACUGGUGACAGUGCCACUCAACACUAGUUCAGCCUCAGUUCUACAGUUUGCACUUGGUUCCGGCUCCUGUCGCUUUAGCUUCACAGAUCCUGAUAUCAUUGUCUCCUAUAGCCGUAACAACUCUGAGGGAUGGACCCCACUGGAGAAGAUCCGAGCACCUUCCAAUAGUACCACAGUAAUCCACCUGCUUCAUGUUAGUGCUGCUGCCAAGGGAGAGAAUGUUCGCUUUCGCUGGCACCAGGAGAUGCUAGCUGGUGAUGAAGGCUAUGAAUCAUGCUGGGCACUGGACAAUGUCUUGCUGGUCAAUGCAGCCCACAGACCAGUGCUGCUGCAAGACAGCUUGGAUCCUGCUGACACUACCAACUGGCUAUUCUUUCCAGGAGCUACUGUUAAGCAUGCCUGCCAGUCUGAGGGAAAUGCAAUGUAUUUUCAUGGGACAGAGGGCUCCGGGUUCAGCUUUGCUUCAACACGGGAUGUGGAUUUGAGCCGUGAGGAGGGACACACUUCCUGGAGGGAAGAUUUUGAGGCUUCACCAGAGGGUUGGCAAAUACAAGGAGCUGUCUAUGGAGCUGACUGUGGCAAUGUAGCUUCGGGCCUCUCCCUUGUGUUUCUACAGGAUGGUGAGAGGAGAGUUUGUACUCCAUUUUUGGAUACUACUGCGGUGGGUAACCUCCGACUCUACUUCACAAUGGGUAGUGGGUUGUGUGAUCCCGGGGUUUCUCAUGAUAAUGAUGUCACACUUUAUGGCAGGAUACAGAGCAGGAAGGAUCACUUGGUGUUGGAUGUGCUAUCCUACUCAUCUUAUAGGACCCCAACUCUGGUGUCAGUACCAGUGCCUACAGAGCUGCAGUCUUCAGCUACACAGUUUUGUCUGGAGCAGCGUAAUCAUGCUGGCUUGAACCACAAUGUCUGGGCUAUCGACUACUUUCAUCUGCUACCAGUAUUGCCAGUUUCACAGUCCCACAUGAUCCAGUUCUCCAUCAACCUGGGCUGUGGGUCAUAUCAGCCUGCUAACAGUGUUAGCCUAGAAUUUUCCACCAAUAAUGGUCGCAUCUGGUCCCUGCUACACACUGAAUGUCUUCCAGAACUCUGCACAGGUCUACACCUCCCUCACAGCACUGUGUAUUCGUCUGAUAACUACAGUGGAUGGAGCAGAAUUACCAUCCCCUUGCCUAAUGCGCCACUAACAGGCAGUACACGCUUCCGCUGGAGGCAGAAUGGGCCAGGUGUAGGAAACAUGUGGGCUAUAGAUAAUGUUUACAUUGGACCAUCAUGCCUUAAAUUCUGCUCUGGACGUGGCCAGUGUACCAGAAAUGGGUGCAAGUGUGACCCUGGCUUUUCUGGUCCUGCAUGUGAGUUAGCUUCUCAGACUUUCCCAGCCUUCAUUUCUGAGAGUUUUCUGAGCCCCAGACUAUCAUCCUAUCACAACUUCCAGUCAAUUCGAGGAGCAGAAGUCAGCUUUGGAUGUGGUGUUCUUGCUAGUGGAAAAGCACUUGUCUUCAGUAAAGAUGGUAGACGUCAUCUCGUUACAUCAUUCCUGGACAGCACACAAGCCAGAUAUUUGCAAUUCACCCUACGUCUGGGCAGCCGCAGCAAACUGAGUACCUGCAAGGCUCCUGACCAGGCAGGAGAGGGUGUCCUGCUCCACUUCUCCUUCGAUAACGGGAUCACUUGGAAACUCUUGCAACAUUUUUCUUACCGAGGCUUUCAUGAGCCCAGAAUUGUGUCUGUAGAGCUACCCGAUGAAGCUAAGAAGUUUGGAGUCCAGUUCCGCUGGUGGCAGCCCUACCACUCAGGUCGUGGUCAAGAUGUGUGGGCAGUGGAUGAAAUUAUUAUGACCUCCAUUCUCUUCAACAGCAUCAGCCUAGACUUUAACAACCUGGUAGAUGUCACACAGUCUCUGGGGUUCUAUUUAGGAAAUGUUCAACCUUACUGUGGCCAUGACUGGACACUUAGUUUCUCAGGAGACCCAAGCCCGGGUUCAAGUAUAAGGUAUGUGGAAACACAGUCCAUGCAGACAGGUGCCUCCUAUAUGAUCCAGUUUAGCCUGGUAAUGGGCUGUGGAAAGGACUUUUCCCCCAACAUGGACAACCAAAUUAGUCUGGAAUACUCUACCAACCAUGGCCUCACAUGGCAUCUGGUUCAAGAGGCUUGCCUUCCUGGGAUGCCCAGUUGUCCCGAGUUCACCUCAGCCAGCAUUUACCACCCCUCGGAAUUUGCCAGAUGGAGCAGAAUUACUCUGCCACUUCCUCAGAAGACUUGGUCAAGUGCCACCCGCUUUCGCUGGAUUCAGAGCUACUACCUGGAGCAAGAUGAGUGGGCUUUGGACAAUAUUUACAUUGGACAGCAAUGCCCUCAUAUGUGUCAUGGUCACGGCUGGUGCAAACAUGGUGUAUGCAGCUGUGACGAUGGUUUUACUGGUGUGGACUGCCAGCCCCAGACAUCUCUCUCUUCCAAUGUCAUGUCAGAUUUUGAGUUGAAGAAUACUCUGCACAAUACCUGGCAGGAAGUUAUAGGUGGUGAGAUAGUGAGGCCAGAGGAGGGUUGUGGAGUGAUCUCCUCUGGAUCAUCUCUGUACUUCAGCAAGGCAGGACGCAGACAUCUAGUCAGCUGGGACAUGGACACUAGUUGGGUGGACUUUCUUCAGUUCUACCUGAGGAUUGGUGGGGACACAGCAGAAUGUAACCGGGCUGAUAGUCGUGAGGAAGGCGUGCUGCUUCAGUACAGUAACAAUGGGGGCAUCACCUGGGGACUUCUCGCUGAGAUGUACUUCUCUGACUUCAUUAAGCCUAGAUUUGUUUACUAUGAGUUACCUGAAGCUGCUCGAACUCCAUGCACACGUUUCCGCUGGUGGCAGCCACUGCAUUCUGGAGAGGGCUAUGACCAGUGGGCAGUUGAUGACAUCAUAAUUCUGUCUGAGAAGGAAAAACACAUAAUUCCAGUAAUCCAGCCAACAUUGCCUCAGAACUUCUAUGAGAAGCCUGCCUAUGACUUCCCAUUGAACCAGCUAAGUAUGUGGCUAAUGCUUGCUAAUGAAGGCAUGGAGAAAAAUGCCAGUUUCUGUGCCACCACUCCAUCUGCUAUGGUAUUUGGAAAAUCUGAUGGUGAUCGUUUUGCCAUCACUCGGGACCUGACACUCAAACCAGGUUACACCCUACAGUUUAAGCUUAACAUUGGUUGCUUCACCCAGCAUAACCCAGCUGCUCCAGUGCUUCUGCAGUACUCUCAUGAUGCAGGCCGCAGUUGGUCACUGGUGCAGGAGGGCUGCUAUCCAGCAUCCCCUGGUGUUCGUGGUUGCGAGGGAAGUUCCCGGGAAUUACGGGAGCCAACAAGUUACAGUGCUGGAGAUUUCGAGCAGUGGAGUCGAGUCACCAUUGUUAUUCCUCGUCCUGUGGCUGCUAGUAAGACACGCUUUCGCUGGAUUCAGGAGACCAGUGGCCAUAAAAGUUCUCCACCUUUUGCACUAGAUGGAGUCUACAUUUCGGAGCCUUGUGCUAAUCAUUGUGGAGGGCAUGGAGACUGCAUUUCUGGUGUAUGCUAUUGUGAUAUUGGAUACACAGUGGAAAAGGGGACCUGUGUGCCCAAAGUGCCAAACCCCAGCGAGAUGAUGGACCACUUUGAUGGGAAGCUUAGCCCAUUGUGGUCACAGAUCACAGGCGGUCAAGUAGGGUCUGGCUGUGGGAUCCUCAGCGAUGGAAAGACACUAUAUUUUAAUAGCCCUGGACGUCGAGAAGCCAGGACUGUCCCCCUGGACACUACAAACAUCAGAUUCAUCCAGUUCUACAUUCGUAUUGGAAGCAAGAAUCUUGGGUCUUCCUGUAACAAACCAAGGACUAGGAAUGAAGGAAUUGUGAUACAGUUUUCUGAUAACAAUGGCAUCACAUGGGAAUUGCUGCGAGAACUAGACUUCACCUCUUUCCUUGAGCCACAGGUGGCUACUAUCGAGCUCCCUCCUGAGGCCAAGACCCCUGGUACUGUUUUCCGAUGGUGGCAACCUCUUCAUGGGAAACAGUCCGCUCAGUGGGCUCUUGAUGAUGUUUUGAUUGGCAUGAAUGACAGUUGUAGAAUGGCUUUCCAAGAUAAGUUUGAUGGCUCCAUGGAUUUGCAGGUGAACUGGUAUCGGAUACAGGGUGGCCAGGUGGAAGUGGAUUGUCUAUCCUUGGACACAGCUUUAGUGUUCAAUAUGGACAUUGGAAAACCUCGUUAUGCAGAAACCUGGGAUUUCCACAUUACCAGCUCCUCCUUCCUACAGUUUGAGAUGAGCACAGGCUGCAGCAAGCCUUUCACUGAUGACCACAACAUCCAGCUACAGUACUCUCUCAGCACAGGCCGCGACUGGCAUCUAGUUACACCUGAAUGUGUGCCUCCAGCCAUUGGUUGUGCCACUUACACAGAGAGCUCUGUCUAUACCUCCCAGCGCUUUCAGAAUUGGAGACGUGUAACUGUUUUCCUACCAAGUGUCACCAUUUCUCCUAGGACACGGUUCCGUUGGAUACAGAUGAAUAUGGGAUCAGGCACAGAUUCAUGGGCACUAGAUAAUGUCCUUCUUACUUCUGGUUGCCCCUGGAUGUGCUCAGGCCAUGGGAUUUGCGAUGCAGGCCGUUGUGUAUGUGAUCGUGGAUUUGGAGGACCCUACUGUGUCCCUCUAACCCCACUGCCUUCCAUUCUGAAAGAUGAUUUUGAUGGGAAUCUGCACUCAAACUUAUGGCCUGAAGUGUAUGGUGCGGAGAGAGGAACUCUAAAUGGAGAGCCUCUGAAAUCAGGAAUGGCACUCAUUUUCAAAGGGGAAGGCCUGCGAAUGCUGGUUUCCCGUGACUUAGACUGCACAAAUACCCUGUACAUGCAGUUUUCCUUCAAAUUCAUCACUAAAGGGAUUCCAGAUCGGUCAAGCUCUGUCCUGCUGCAAUUCUCAGUGAAUGGGGGGAUCGCCUGGCAGCUGCUUGAUGAGUUGUACUUCCCACAGGCCACAGAAGGGCUUUUCCUGCAUGUUCCCUUGCCCGCAGCAGCACAGACUAAUGCUACCAGAUUUCGCUUUUGGCAGCCUCACAACACAGGUAAAAAGGAGGAGGUCUGGGUGAUAGAUGAUAUCAUCAUUGAUGGCAACAGUGCCCGCAACUCUGAGAUUUUGACAGACAGCUUUGAGACAGAGCCCCGAGAAGAAAACUGGCUGUUCCAUCCUGGGGGCAGCAUUGGCCUAUAUUGUCCUUACCUGAAGGGGAUGCAGGAGGACAACACAGCCAUGGUAUUUGUGUCCAGUGAGCUUGGGGAGCACUCAAUUACAACACGAGAUCUAGAUGUCACUGACAGCACAAUCAUCCAGUUUGAGAUCAAUGUGGGCUGCACUUCUGAUAGCUCAGCAACUGAACCUGUGCGUCUGGAGUUUUCUCGGGACUUUGGUGCCACGUGGCAUAUUUUGGUGCCUCUUUGCCAUAGCAGUAGCCACUUGAAUUCUCUUUGCUCCACAGAGCACCAUCCUGCCAGCAUCUACUACCCUGGCACCACACAGGGCUGGAGACGCGAAAUCAUUCAUGUGGGCAACCUCCAUCUCUGUGGAUCAGUGAGAUUCCGUUGGUACCAAGGAUUCUUCAAUGCUGGCAUGUCACCCAUGACAUGGGCUUUGGACAAUGUGUACAUUGGUCCCCAGUGUGAAGACAUGUGCACUGGUCAUGGCUUGUGCAUUAAUGGUACUCACUGCAAGUGUGACAAAGGCUUCUCUGGACCUAGUUGUAAGAUCAGCAGCUCUAGCAAUCCAGAUUUUCUUAAGGAGGACUUUGAAGGUUCACUGGACAAGGAACGCUUUCUUCUGGUGAGUGGAGGAAAACCAUCUCGGAAGUGUGGAGUCCUUCCCAGUGGAAACAACCUUUUCUUUAGUGAAGAGGGCCUUCGUAUGUUGGUCACAAUGGAUCUGGACCUGUCAAAUGCAAGGUUUGUCCAGUUUUUCCUAAGGCUGGGCUGUGGAAAAGGAGCACCUGAUCCUCGUAGUCAGCCGGUGUUGCUCCAGUAUUCCCUGGAUGGAGGACUUUCCUGGGGGCUUCUUCAGGAAUUCCUUUUCAGCAACUCUAGCAACCUCAUCCGCUUUGUAGCUCUAGAGAUUCCAUUGCGAGCCCGCAGCCCUGCCACAAGAUUACGGUGGUGGCAGCCCUCAGAAAAUGGACACUUUUAUAGUCCCUGGGUUAUUGACCAGGUGGUUGUUGGGGGCAGCAUCUCAGGCAUUAGUUCUCUGGAAGAUGAUUUCUCAUCACUCAGUGGGCGUUCCUGGUUGCUUCACCCAGGUGGUACGCUGAUGCCAGUAUGUGGUUCUUCAGGGGAUGCCUUUGCCUUCAUUGAGAAAGCCAACACAAGAUAUGCCAUAAGCACAGAUAUAUCACUGGGACAAGACUCUUUUAUACAAUUUGACUUUUCUGCCUCCUGUUCCGUGAGCAAUUCUUGUUAUGCUAUUGAAUUGGAGUUUUCCCAGGAUUUGGGUUUGACUUGGGAACCCCUUCUGCGAGACUGCUUGCCCACAAAUGUAGACUGCACGCGUUACCAGCUACAAAAGGUGCUACUGUCGGAUACCUUCAACAAAUGGGGGCGCAUUACCUUACCCAUCCCACCUUAUGCCAGAUCUCCAGCAACUCGCUUCCGCUGGUACCAGCCAGCUCCUUUUGACAAACAGCAGACCUGGGCAUUGGACAACCUCUAUAUCGGUGAUGGCUGUGUGGACAUGUGCAGUGGACAUGGGCGUUGUGUGCAGGGGACUUGUGUCUGUGAUGACCAGUGGGGUUCUCUAUAUUGUGAUGAGCCUGAAAGUCCUCUACCCACUCAACUGAAGGACAAUUUCAAUCGCCCGCCCUCUGCACAAAAUUGGUUACUAGUAAACGGAGGCAAGUUAAGCGCCAUCUGUGGUGCAGUUGCUUCUGGUACUGCACUGCAUUUCAGUGGGGGUUGUACUAGACAACUAGUGACUGUGGAUCUGAACCUCACCAAUGCUGAUUUCAUCCAGUUUUACUUCAUGUAUGGCUGCUUGAUUCCUCCAAGUAAUCGCAACCAGGGGGUCCUGCUGGAAUACAGCACUAAUGGAGGUAUCAGCUGGAAUAUGCUGACAGAGAUCUUUUAUGACCAGUACAACAAACCAGGGUUCCUCAAUAUUCUGUUGCCCACAGCUGCCCAAACAGUGGGUGUUCGUAUCCGAUGGUGGCAGCCAAAGCACGAUGGCUUAGAUCAGAACGAUUGGGCUGUGGACAAUGUACUGAUUGCUGGUGCGACUGACCAGAGGUCAGUCAUUGUGGAUACAUUCAGUGGAACAGUGCUGCCACAGCAUGAGAGGUUUCCAGCAGAUGCUGUUCCCACAGGAAGAAUAUUUAUGGAGCCGAGAAUUCAGGAAGCAGUCUCAGUCAGCACUAGCUGGAUGUUCCAUGAUGACUGCUUGGUGGAACGCUUCUGUGAUGUCCCUGAUGGUGUGAUGGUAUGUGGUAGCCAUGAUGGACGAGAGGUAUAUGCAGUUACCCAUGACUUGGUGCCAUCACAUGACUGGAUCAUGCAAUUCAAGAUAGCAGUGGCUUGUAGAUCCACAGAGAAAAUAUCUCAAAACCAAGUUCAUGUCCAAUAUUCACUGGAUUUUGGAGUUACCUGGAAAUAUGUUGUUCCACAGUGUUUGCCUGCAGACCCAGAAUGUGCAGGACAAGUGUCACAGCCCUCUGUCUUCUUCCCCACACGUAGAUGGAAGCGAAUUAUUUAUCCCCUUCCAGACUUCCUCGUUGGCAAUUCUGUAAGAUUCCGAUUUUACCAGAAGUUCUCUGAUGUGCAAUGGGCCAUCGAUAACUUCUACAUAGGUCCUGCAUGCCCUGACAAUUGUGGUGGCCAAGGAGACUGCUUGAUGAAUAGGUGUCUCUGUGACCCUGGUUAUUCUGGACCAAACUGUUACCUGAACAAGGCGAUUAAAAGUACCUUGAAGGAGCGGUUUGACUCCGAAGAACUCUAUUCUGAGUCGUGGCUGUCUGUGGAAGGUGGGCGUGUUUGCACAGACUGUGGGGUCCUUGUUGAGGACACAGCUUUGUAUUUUGGCGGAGCCAAUACAAGAGAGGCUGUCACUGUUGAUCUAGACCUGCGCGGAGCUAAGUUUGUAGAAUACUGGGCCCAAAUUGGCAGUGAAAACAAUAUAACCUCAUGCCAUAGACCUGUCUGCCGUAAGGAGGGUGUUCUUCUGGAUUUCUCUACUAAUGGAGGAGUCACCUGGACACUACUUCAUGAGAUGGACUUCCAAAAGUACCUGAUGGUGCGGAGGGACUACAUUGUCCUUCCUGAAGAAGCCCAGACUAACACUACCCGUUUACGGUGGUGGCAGCCAUUUAUCCUGGACAGUGAUGUGGUGGAAAGCAUCAGCGACCGUGCACAGUGGGCUAUUGACAACAUCCUUAUUGGGGGCUCAGAAAUUAAUCCUAGCCAGCUAGUGGACAACUUUGAUGAUGAGGGUGCAUCACAUGAGGAAAACUGGAGCUUCUAUCCCAAUGCGGUACGCACAGCUGGCUUCUGUGGGAACCCAUCCUUUCAUCUGUACUGGCCCAACAAAAAAAUAGAUUCUACUCAUAACAUCCUGGCUACACGGGAGCUCAUAAUUCAACCAGGUUACAUUCUACAGUUCAAGAUAGUAGUUGGCUGUGAGGCUGAUAGCUGUGGAGAGUUGCAUUCUGUUCUGCUGGAAUAUAGCAAGGAUGCCAGAACUGAUGGUUGGCAUUUGGUUCAAACAGAGUGUCUACCAUCCUCUGUUAAUAAUGUGGGAUGCUCCCCUUUCCAAUUCCAUGAGGCCACCAUCUACAGUGCAGUCAACAGCUCUCGCUGGAAUCGUGUGACAGUGCAGCUACCUGAUCACGUUUCUUCCAGUGCAACACAAAUUCGUUGGAUCCAGCGGGAAGCAGGAGCUGAGAAGCAAAGCUGGGCAGUUGACCAUGUGUACAUUGGGGAAGCCUGUCCAAAGCUGUGCAGUGGGCAUGGCUACUGCACCAAUGGAGCCAUGUGCAUCUGUGAUGAAGGCCAUGAAGGUGAUGACUGUUCCGUCUCAUCCAGUGAAUUGCCCACCUACAUCAAAGACAACUUUGAGUCAGAGCAUGCAACUGAGGUUAACUGGCAACAUAUCCAGGGAGGAGGCAUUGGCAGUGGCUGUGGUCAGUUGGUUCCUCAUGCUCAUGGAGACUCACUAUACUUUAAUGGCUGCAAGAUGCGUCAGGCCAGCACUAAACCACUAGACCUCACUCGAGCCAGUAAAAUCAUGUUUGUGCUGCAGAUUGGAAGCACUGCUCAGACUGGCAGUUGUAAUGUUGCUCUAAGCGAAGCUAACACCAUGGACAAGGCCGUUCUCCUACAGUACAGUGUCAAUAAUGGGAUCACCUGGCAUGUCAUUGCCCAACACCAACCGAAAGACUUCAUCCAGGCACAGCGUGUCUCCUACAACAUCCCACUAGAGGCACGAGUGAAAGGAGUGCAACUCCGCUGGUGGCAGCCACGGCACAAUGGGACUGGCCAUGACCAGUGGGCACUUGACCAUGUGGAAGUCGUUCUCCCUGAGCCCUUUCCUGUUGGUGGUGCCCUCCAGGUUUUGCUGAGUGGUCACAAACCCUCUUAUUCCUCUGGACUAUCUCUAACUUAUGCUCUGUUUUGUUAUCUGCUCUCCAUGGUAUGGAAAUAGUGCCAGCACCCGCAAGCAGAGCUACAUGGCAAACUUCUCACGGCAAAGUGGCUUGCGGCAUUUCUACAGCAGGAAGAGACGAGCUUUGAGACAUCACCUCUGAAAAUCGUCAUCUGUUGUCUACCAGUCAUGUACUCACUGCCAGCCAUUUGUACCAGCUGGAUCCAGCAACCCGUCGACGUAUACCAUUUUGCUCUCCUUUGACUGACAUAUUGGCUGCCAAGUCAAAUGCCUGAAGGCUCAGUCCAAAAGCCACCCCACUUUGUGUCCCCGUUUUGGUAUUUUUGCGUCCCAUUUCACACUGUGAAUUGGUCAAAAGGCAUGCCCAACAGGAGCCCUGGACGAAGAAGAUGACCUUUGCUGUCUAUGUAUCUGUGACUUUUUGUGAUGCGUUGGUGUUGUGUUGAUUUGCUCUUUUUCAUUCUCUUUUAACUGGCAAGGGUAGCUCAAAGCCCAAUGGGCAGAGCAGUGUGCCCAUAUUUAUUGUAGUGUUGGCACCUACCCAUCCCAGUCCACUAUAUGUACUCUAUUUCCUUUCUCUAGUGUUUGGUUGCCACGUCUCUGCCUAGCUGAAGUACCCAUAGAUGGCAGUGACUUGUGCUGUUUUCCACACCCUUGUGAUACUCCACGUAGACCAGUGUACCUCGAUUAGGAGACCUUCGCAAGCAAAAUAAAGGCCUGUCCCAGUGUG